AUGUGGCAAGAAGCGAGAAGACAGGAGAAAAAGUUGCGGGGAAUGAUGGUGGAUUAUCGAAAAAGGGCUGAAAGAAGGAGGGCUUUCUACGAGAAGAUGGUUGGAUUAUGUUUAAUUUUUUACUUGUUAUCGUAGAUGAAGGAUUAUGAGGCAAGGAAGGUAACAUUGUGACCUUUUCCGCGGAGGAACUGGACUCAUCGCCCAAAAAUCAAAAUGAAAUUUAGCCUAUACUUCUUAGAGUUUAUACUCAUUGAACAUUUAGUAAACACUGACUCAUUUUGUGUCAGAAGAAUUACUGAUAAACUUGCAUGGUUCUAAAUGAUAUUACGGAUACAACUGCUUUUUAUUAACUUAUUUCUUUUUGUAUCAAUAAAAUUCUCAGUUAUCAUUGCAGGGCUAUCAUUAAGAGGCUGGGGGCGGUGGUGGGGGGCAGGGAUUGCCCUUAGCUACUAUGAAUGUGGUCCCCAGCUCCUUUCACAGAAAAAUAGAACCAAAAGAAAUCCCUAGCUGUUUGAUUCCCCACCUACUUCUUGUAUUCACCUGGUAACUUAUAAUCUUACUGACAUCCCUCACAUUGUAGUGGAAUUGUGUUUGUUGUAAAAGAGUGAGUUUUCACAACCUUUCACAAGACCACUGUUCUAGUUUUGGUACUGUAUGAAUCAAUACUUACAUUAUUUUCUUUUUACUGAUAUUUUCACAGAGGCUAGAUCCAACCCAGUUUCUUAGACUCUAUGGACAAAAGUGUAAAAUCCACAUUGAUCCACAGUUAUCUGCAGCAGGGGAUGGGAAAUCUGUAAUGUGAGUGAAAAAAUAUAGACUAGAUGUAGAAAAAUUGUGAGGUUCAUAGCUCAAACCAAAAAAUUUCGUAGUCCCCCCAUGAGGAAAAUUUUUGGUUUGACACCCCCCUCUGGCCUCACCCCUCUGGAAAUUCCAGUCUAGCUUCAGACUUUUCCAUGAAAAUGUUUGCUUAUAACUUUUUCAUUAAGAUCUACCUAUUGAUAUGGAGUAAAGCAAUUACUUUUGUCUCAAUUUACCGACUUUAGACUGUGAAAGGUUUGAACCCAGGAGUCAUUUCAUAAGUAGGUUGAGUUUGAUCAUCCGGGUGAACAUAGUCCUGAAUAGUACUGUUGUUGUUGACAGUGACUAAAGUUUCCACAACCUGUGCGGUAGUCAUCUUCAGAGUCAAAGUGAGUUGUAUAACGUCAGUUGAUGGUAUUACACUCUGUUACUGUUUCUUUUUCCAGGAUGCCUUGGCAAGGUGAUGCAAACAAUAUGAUUGACAGGUAAGUUAUUAUGGGUUGGAAAGUUAAUUUUUAUAUAGGUUCAACUCCUGUUGGGAGGUACUCGUACUUUUUCGUCUGAGCCCCUUGUGUCACUGACUGAAUAAAUAUCAUUCUUAUUUACUCACGAGGCUAAAAAAUUCACCAUCUCAUCUUAAUCAUGGCGCAUAAGCGCAUAUCGACAUCCUAAUCCAAGCAGUAUGCAAAAUGUUUGUUGCAUGAACCUAGUUUAGUGACCUUAGGUCCAAUGAGCUGGUCUCUUGUAGCUUAGUGUUAGAACGUCUGGUUGACUGGUAACCUGGCCCUGGUUGUUCAAAGGCUGGAUAGCGCUAUCCACCGGAUAAAUCUCUAUCCCCUGGAUAGUGCAAUUGGUUUUCCAAAUACUUAUCCACUGGAUAGUGAUUUAUCCGGUGGAUAGCACUAUCCAUCUUUUGAACAACCCGGGCCAGAUAAAGCUCUAUCCAGUGGAUAGUACAAUUAGUUUCCCCAAUACUUAUCUGCUAGAUAGCACUAUCCAACGUUUGAACAACUGAGGCCAGAAGGUCAUAGGUUUGACUACCAGUAUUUUUUCGUAUGAGCCACCUGUGUCACUGACUGAAUAAAAUGAUUUUUUAAAAUUUAAUAUUGUCUUUAUUAUCAUCGUCAUAUCAUCUUUUAUGUGACCAUCAUUAAAAGCAACAUUGAGUUUAUGACAAAAUACCAUCAUGAAACAGCCUAAAAACAACAAGACACUGAUAUUAGUGCUAAAUGCAGGGUUGUCACUAAGAUUUCAAGUUAUCUGGUGUAUACAAUAUAAUAAUUAUAUUGUAUACACCAGAUUAUUAUUAUUAUUAUUAGGCAGGGAAUUGAAUGGCUAGAAAGUUCCAUUGGUUCUGUUUUCCUUUUGUUUCCUGUGGAAUCAUUCCAGGUUCAUGCUUAAAGCCACUAAGUGGAAAUCCUCAGCCACUAGUCCUUAAUGACAGUCUUAGAUAAAUGUGAAUACAAUAAUAUUUGAUUAUUUUCAAUUUCAGGUUUGAUGUCAGAGCGCACUUAGAUAUUAUUCCAGAGCAACCAUCAUCAAGCACAUUUGGGUAAAACACCAAAUCUCUUUUGUUUUAUUUCUUUAUUGUACUUGAAGCAUUUUCUCCAGUAGCCUUGAAAGACACAGUUAACAACUCUCUUUAAGGCAGAUGCCAAACACUUUAUGAAACUACAAUGGCAAGAGCAAAGGGAAUGCGGUUCUUAGUUUAUUUUUUUUAUCUCAUUUCAUCUCUUCUUGGGUAGCAAGGGUGGUGCAGUGGAUAGAGCACUCACCUCCCUGGCACCAGUGUGACUCAGGCUCAAAUCAGGCGUCGACGUCAAAAGUGGGUUGAGUUUGUUGUCAAUUUUCUCUGUUGCCCUGAGAGUUUUUCUGAGAGUACUCUGGUUUAAAUUUUAAUAUUCCCCUCUCCUCAAAAACCAACAUUUUCAAAUUCCAAUUUGACCAGGAAUGGUAGGCACUACCAUAAUGUUUGAAUGUGCUAGUACUUCUAAUUAAUUUAUUGUUAUUUAUUUGUUUCAUUUUUCAGACCUUUGAUGGAGACUGAUCCUGAGGAACACAGGUUGAAUUACGAGAGAUACAGAACACUGGUAAUGAUAGAUGCUAGUGGAGGUCAGUAAUUAACUUGCUUAUAUCCCUCAGUGGAGUCAGGCCAAGUGUGGUUCUGAGGAGCGUGUGAUGCAGAAAUCUUAUUUUCACACACAGCUGGGACUAUGGGUUCUAAUGUGUGGGGUUUCUAAGGUUACAUGGUAGUUCAAAUUUCAGUUUUUUUAGUUGCUGUUUGCCACUGCCUGACCUGCCCCACCCAUCUGCCUUUAGGCUAUGUACAGCUACCCCCUUCUCUGAGGGGAGGAGUGGAGGCAGCUGUACACAGGCUAACCAACCCUCCUUCAUAUUGACAUAAUGACAACGGCUGCCAAACUAUUAGAACUGAAAUUGUAGGUGUAAGCCUUAUCUCAAGGCCUAAUUCCCUGGGCAACCUGGGUAAAAGAGAGAUUAUAAAGAAAAUGGCUUGGUAAAUUAUUAUUUCCUGCAUAUGUUUAGCCUGCUUUAGCUUUAGAAGGACUAUAAACACAUUUAAUACAUUCACUAUGGCUUGGCACAUGACGUAUCGAACGCUUCCUGCCAUGGUGACCAAGCUGGUCACAGCUUGGAGUUUUUUUACACAGGCAUAGCCCUGUAACUUUUUGUUUCAAAUGAGGGGCGUACUGUUUUAAUCAUUUUAAAUUUUAAAUUCUUCUUUGUAGCUUCAGAGGAAUCUUACCUUCGGCAGUUGGAAAUAGAGGAGAUGUAUGGGGUGAAGAAAGAUGAUGACAAGAAAGAUAAAGAGAAGUAAGAAAAAAGAUCAUAAAGUACCACUAAUAAAAAUAUUGAAGUACUGCUAAUAAUUGAUAAGAGGACACUAUUUUUAUUAGUCAUGUCCCCUCCCACAGACAGGCAGUACUUACCAUUUAAACUCGUGGUCAUACAUUACCAUAUCCCAAAACAAAGGAAAAUAAAAUUUAAACCAGGUUACCAGAACUAUUAGCUUGCGCCAGGCUCUCAAUUAGUGCAGACAAGUGAAAAAAGAGUAGCAAGCAGUGAAAAACCAAGCAUAUGAAAAACAGAGGGAAGAGACAAGGAAAGAGGCUGUUAGCAUCUUUUUCAAUGUCUCAUUUUGCCCACUACUCCGCCAGAAUGUCAAAAUAUGUGGUGUUCGAGGAUUUCACAUAAUGUUUGACUCUGUGUGAGUGAAACCAAGUGACUGACGUAAAUUAUGAUGUAAACUAUCAAAAUCGACCAAUCAUAGGAAACUGGUAUACCAUGAUGAAGUAUUCAAAACAAUCCUUACGGAAACAAAAACGAUGCUACUUUUCUUGAGCCCAUUUUGGACUAUCUUGGUACAUGGAACAGGCUACAGAACUGUACAAAGGCUGUGCCAGUUUCUAAAUUUUUUUCCUCUCCUGGAGAUCAGCGUAGUAAGUUUAUCUGCAAAACAGCGCCAAAUCCUUGUUGUGGGUCCCCACCUGUGUACCAGGAUUUGAGUACACUCCAUGAUUGGCCUGUUAAAAAUGCCAUUGUUGAUUUGCCAAUUAGGGCGAAAGAAAAUUCGAAACACUCUUCUGGUAAUUCAUUGAGUUUGUUGCGGGCCCAGAACAAGGAUCUCGGUAUUUCUUCGCAGACAUUACGUACCAGGGUUAAAUUACGUCUUUGAUGCAUCAGAUCUGCGACAUCCUUCUGUGCAGGCCCUUGGUCUUCCAACUGCACCAGCUAAGUUUAAAAGUUGUCAACAACCAGUGUAAUGUGCUUUCUUUCCUGUAUUGAUUGUUAUGUUUUAGAAGUCAAGCCAAGGCAACCAUAGGUUUCUCAUAUGACAAUAGUGGAGGUGUUGGCAACUCCGACAAGGAAGAUGAUGAUGAAGACAGCGACAGCGACAGUGUUCUUAGCGACAUUGGUAAGAAGUUAUUCCUGAUCUUUGAACAUCAUUAUUUGUUUGAUUAUGGACAACAGCAUUGUUGGUGACAAGUCUUAUCCGGCGAGCUUCUUGUAUAACCGGUGGUUGCAUAUUGAUUCAUUUUUCUAUCUCUGUGUGUCAACACUAAUUUUCUGACAAAUUUCCCAUAUUUAAACACCAGCAGAAUUUACAGUCCUGUCACACAUCUGGUUCAACAGAUGUUAAGCUGGACUCUCCAGCUUCCAUUUUUGAAUUAAAAGUAAAAGGACUAUGUUACUCGGGAAUCAUUCCAAUAAGAAACUGGGCUGCCGAUUGGACUAACAAAUGAGGGUUUUGUCAUUUUAACGUUUUCUUUGUGGCAGACAAGUUUAUGAUUUGAUCUUUUUAACUAUCGACUGGUAAAAGAAUCAACGAACAUGUAGGAAACCAGUCAAACAACAAUCGCUUUAUUACACCUGUAAAGCCCCGUGCAAACGGACGCAACAUUGUCGGCCAACAACUCCCAACAUUGUUGCGUCUUCCUGCACACCCUGUUACAUGUUGUUGGGAGUUGUUGCGCAAAGUUUGAUACCGGUCAAACUUUAAGCUACGUGCAGACGGACGUAACAACUCCCAACAUUGUUAGGCCAACAACGUUGGGAGUUGUUGCGUCCGUUUGCACGCAGCUUAACUGAAAAGGACAAUUUAUUUUGCAGAUGUUACAGUGGACAUUGAUGAAAUCGAUGCAAAUCAGGUAAUGAUCUUUACGCUUUUGCCUUUUUUCUCCUUUUGCUGUAUGAACAUUGUUUAAAUUUUUGUUUUUGUUGUAUCUUCUCUGUUUUUCAAAAGCGCGAGACCCUGGAUACUCGAGGACUGCAUUAUGGAAUGGCUUCAGCUCAGUUUUGCAGGUUUGUAAUAAAAAUUCAAAAUCAUUUAAGUUUCAUUCUUCAGUUAGGAGAACACCCAGAAUUUACUAGACCACUUAAAACUGAAUUACAAAAUAUUGUUAAUACGUUUUUAUCCCGUAGAAAACUGAAAGAAGAUAAGGAAGAAAUAGAAGAGCAAAGGAGACUUCGACAAGAAGAGGAAGAACGGUCGCUUGUCACUGUAGGUAGCCAGUUCAUUCUUUAGACCACAGGCAACGACUAAUCACCGCGCACGUAACUUUUGGCAGUGCAUUUUAUAAACUCUCAUAAGCCAUACCUUUCGUUCAAAGAGCGUGCGAGAAAUUGCUCAUUUAUUGUAAAACAGCUCUUAGACUACGUGUAGCAAGAGUUACGGUUGGUAUUGAAAGUUGCUUUUCACCGUGGCAGCCAUCUGGCCUCGUAAUCUUUGAUGUUCUGUUUUCCGUGCAAGCCAGGGAAGAGAUUACUUUGAGAAAAUUCUAAACACAACACACAGUCUUGGAAAACUGAUUUUGUAACUGAAUUUGAAACAACAAUUCAAGCUUGGGCCCUGUCCACACGUAUCCGGAUAUUUUCAAAACGGAAAUUUUUUUUUCUCUGUUUUCAAAAAAUACGUGUCCCAACGUUUGCGUCCAUCCACACGUAAACGAGAAGCCGGCGUUUUUUAAAAUCUCCACUCUAGGGACCGUUCUAGAACGCCGUUCGCGCGUGGACGGGAGGCUAAAACGGAGAAAAAAAUCUAUUGUUUCAAAAACUAUCCGGAUACGUGUGGUCGUGGUCUUAUUUUGAGCGCCAUUCUAUGUUAGGGUCGACGCGCAAAACGUGAAAGACGCUCGCUGCGAGAAAAGCAACGAAGGAAAGCCCACGGCCACCAUGAUGUGGAGCAGUCGCCACCAAGGUAGAAAAUUGUAUUGUGCAUCCGUUUUUUUUUUAAGAUUUCUGUAUCGUAUUUACAUGUAGCACUUGAUAGAAUACCAUGAAACUUGAUUAUGGGACGGAGAUGUGAUAAAGGGGCGGAUCUGGGGGGAGGGUGCAGGGGGUGCGCACCCCCGCCCUCUAAGAUGACCUGCGGUUUUCUAAUACAACUGGUUUUUUGCAAGAAAAAAAAAACUAUGUGUUUUAUUGGUGUUGAAGUCGAGCAAGAGACGAGUGCAGCCCCUCCUAAAAAAAAUCCUGGAUCCGCCCCUGUGAUAGAUGUGAUCUAUAAUUUCCAUAGAACGUUAGCUUUUGUAAAGGGAAUCAGGAAAGUACACGAAGCGAAGAAAGAAGUCUUUGAAUUUUGGUGGAAUGGAACACACCAUCGUCCGGAUAAGAGCUACCGUUGUUCUGUCAACUGAGCAACGUUGCGAUUUUCGCUAUCUUUUGCCUGGUAAAAGCCGCGGUUUUUGAGUUUAACUUGUUUCUUUCGUUAGACUAGUAUUUAUGUUUGACCUUUUUGUUGUUGUAUAGCUAUGCCAGGAAAGCGAGUCCUACAUAUGAACCAUACCGAAGGUAAAGAAUUAAAACUCAUUUACACUGCUUUUUUUAUAAGAACCUUUUCUUAUAAGAACGUUCAGCCUGAAAUUUUCAAAAAUAACAAGAACAUGCUAAGAACAUACCCGAGGCCCAGAGAAGAACGAUAUAAUUUUCACUGCAAUCUAGAAAAUCUGAAUUUCAUAAUUACCUGCAUGGAAUCAGAGUGCACGUAAAAUUUUCUUCUUUCAACACAUUCCAUUGUGUACGGUUAGCCUGCGUAGCAAGCGUUUCCGUUUGGUUUCGGAGCAAAGAAAAACCGCGCGAGAAAUGGAACAAGAGCCACCCGUCCCUGCUCUUUUACUUACGCCAUUUUCGCGUGGUCUUUGACUCUCGUUCCUCGUUCUUUGCUUCGAUACCGCAAGGAAACGCUUGCUAUGCAAGCUAGUAUAUGGUCAAUAAUUCAUUUACAUUGUGCUUGUACGAUUUAUCAAUGGAAAACUAUAAUUAUUGUCUUAUCUUGUCUAUAUGUGGCUUAAAAGUUAUCAGAUUUCCGUUAUUGAAAUUUAAGAACGUCCGUAAGAACAUUUCUAGGCUUUAACUGCCCAGAAAAUAAGAACGGUCCAGCGUGUAAUAUGUUCCAAGGGAUAACAUUUCUCUUUUGCAAUCAAUAGGUCUUCGUCACGAUCAUCAUCGCGAUCACCGUCUCCCGAAAUCGCAGGAAAGGUCGAGUACAUCACAGAAUUCAGCCAUGCAGGCACUGAUGAACAGACGACCAAGAAAGCGGACGGUGAUUCACAUUCGCAUUCAACCUCCUCCCGGUCGGUUUACUUUACUUUGUUACUCGCUAGAACCAUCUGACCAGCAUUAGUUCGAUUGUAAGAGACGAAACUGGGCCCUGGGUAUACUGUUUACAUUGCUUGUACGCUUAUUCGCCUCUUUAGAAAUGUGAAGGAAACUGGAGCCGAAGUGCGUCCCGCAGUUGUUUCUGGGAUCGUUACCGGUGACGCAUCAGUCAGCUAUUGGCCAAUUUUUUUUACUCUUGUCUCCAGUAACAGUCCCAGAUGUCUUUGCGAAAGUUUACUCGGCCCUGUCCUCUUCUCGCUUCUUAAGUGGCGAAUGUGGGCCGAGGAAGACUGGGUUGGUGUUGUGUCAAAUUGCACUGUGGGACUGUUAUGCUUGACGAAAUUGAGUUAGCAUUUUUUAUCCAUCUGUCUAAAACCCCUUGGACAGCUUGUGAAGUUUACAUGACGUAGUAUUUUUUUGCGUCUGUUUCCCUUGUACUCUAGAUACUGUAUCUAGUGUGGAAAAGAGAAGAAAUACUACGUGUUGUCAACUUCAUAAGGUGUCAAGGGGUCUUAAGCCGAUGGGAUCUAAUGCUAACCGACGAAUUGAGCCCAUUUUCCUGCGCAGACCCGUAACAGCCACUGAAAAAGCGAUAGCGUCUCCAAACCAUUCCCACUAUCCAAUUCGAAAGGAGCAACCUCAAAAUUUGUAAUUAACAUAAGCUACCUCUCUGCUGUAACGAACAUCUAAGCCUUUGCUUAUUAUGGUAAUCCCUUACUGUUUAAAAAUGGCAUGGCGCUAUCGACAGGAUAAAUUUCUGUUCAAUCGUUAAGGUUAAAGAAAACUAAUAACGCUAUCUGCUGGAUAGAGAUUUAUCUUGGGGUUAGCACUAUCCAUCUUUACGUCUGGGAUUUUAAGAUUAAACCUCAGCCGACUCACUGUUUUGGUACUGUUGGAUAAAUAUUUUGCUCGUUUGUGUUCUGUUAUUGUUUUGUCGAGGGCGUAGUUUUGUAUUAAACUGAGAUAGCUACUCAGGUGUUUAAGUCAAUAAUGUUAUUUUUUUUGCCUUUUGAGGGAUUAAAAUUCACAGAAUUAAAAAAUUUUUUCUGCUGUCUUACCAUCACAAUUAAAUUUAAUAUUUGAUAAUCAUUUUACAUUACUUUUUGGGUCUACUUUUUCUCCAAUUUUUUUCCCUUAAAAAUCCCCCCCCCCCCCCCCCCCCCCCCCCCCCCCCCACCAAAAAAAACAAAUGAUAGGGGGGGUGGGGGUGGGCGGGGGGCAAAGGGGGGGGGAGGGAAAAAAGCAAAAAAAAGAAAAGACAAACAAAACAAAAAAACACCACCAACAAACAAACAAAAAAAAAAAAAAAAAAAAAACACAGAAACAAGAAAAAAAAACAAAAGAAAAACGUAGUGAUGAAAUUGUGUGUUAUUGUUUUUUUUUUCCUUUUUUGGGAUAAAAAUAAACAGAAUCAAAAAAUGUUUUAUUACGGCUUAACCUCUCAAAUAACUAUAAUAAUUGAUAAGCAUUUAUAAUUACUUUUUGUGUCCACUUUUUCCCCAAUAUUUUUCCCUUAAAAAACCCCCCCCCCCCCCACCCCGCCAGAAAAGGCACAAAGUGAUAACAGUUGCGGUUUGGGGGUGCUGCUGACAACAUGAUCAAGAGGGGACGAAAUUACUAAACACUAACAGGUCACUGAGCAACCUAUACCAUUCAGCACCAAGCAUAAUGGAUAAACAAAAUAGUGUCUGUAACGCCGAGAAACACCGAGAAUUGUAAAAUAGCUUUUGUCAGUUAGGAUUUGGUGUUUUCUGUUUUAGCUGAUUUUGUUCUUUUCUUCUUCCUUCACCUUUACCUGUGAUGAACAACUCAACUUUACCGUACGAUGAUCAUCUCGUCUUGCCGUUUGUUGCCCGUCUGACUUUGUUUUCUGAUGACGAUCUCUUGGUUCUACAAUGAUUGCUCUUCAAACACAAACCCUGGUAUGUAAAAAUUACGUCCAUUUGUGAUUUGCUGCUUCUAUUUUGACUUUUUGUGUAUCACUAAACGUGAUGUAACCUUGUUGUACAAAUCAUCAAUAGUACUACUUCAGAACGGAAGAAGUCGAAGGAGCGUGACAGGUCCCAGUCACACAAGAAACGGAGGAGUAGAACACGUUCAAGGUCACGGGACCGCGAACGACGACGUUAUCAUGGGAGAUCACGUGAUAGAUCCCGCGAGAAAAGUAGGUCACGAGAUAGAAGCCGGUCACGCGAUAGGAGCCGGUCACGUGACAGAAGUCGAUCACGCAACAGAAGCAACUCGCGUGAUAGAGAUCGUCACGGUGGUCGUGGGCGUGACAGGCAUAAGUAUCACAGUCGAAGCAGAAGCCGAAGCCGGAGCCGAAGCCGUGACCGUGAUCGUGAUCGUGAUCGUGAUCGACGGGAGCGUGACAAUGGGCGUGACAAUAUCAGCAAGGAGAAAAAAGCGUUACCCACCAAGACCCUUGGGUAAGCCACUUAAUUCUGCGAAAUCUCUCUUUGUCUUGUCGACUAUCAACGUCUUUGAAAUUGCGCUAAAAUGUUCUCUCCUCAAGUGUAAAACUAAUGUAGAGGGAAAUAUUUUAAAAUCCUCUUGUAAGGCACAAAUAUUUGGCUAGUUUCAGCAGCCUUAAGCCCUGACUUUACUUGUAUUUGUCAAACGUAGGUUGUUGAAAAACAAAGCAACGCCUUCGUCAGGCAGCAAAGAAAAGGUGCGUAAUUGUUAAUGAAGUUGAUUGCAGGACAUGGCGUAUUUUAUGUGGCCAAACCCAACGAACGAAAGAACCAAUUACAACUUGAAACGCCGGGUCUACCUGGCUGAAUUUGAAAUCAACGCCGCCGCGAAAGGUUAUGCGAUAAACUAGGUUAGCUUAACGUCUUUUUAAACGUUUAAAACUGAUUUUGCGAAAUGUCGAAAUAAUUUUCCUUAGUUAUGAUAGGUCGAUCUUAUUGUGGUACUGUGUCUUUUGAUGUUGUUUAACGUUUUACUAUGCAGCUUACAUUGCAUUUGCAUUGCAUAAUGGAAUGCUCUUGCAUUCACACUGCACGUUGCCUAUUGUCUGGUACAUUGCAUUGCAUGCUGUAUUACAACCUGUUUUUGUGUUGCAACGUUGACCUUUAUUCGCAGAUGACCGCUCAGGAGAAGAUGAAGAAACGAAUGCAGAUGAUGCUCAACAAACAGUGUAAGGCCUUAUAGUUAUUACUGACAUCGUAGUUUUUCGGUUUUUCAAACUAACUGCUGCAAGAUGAUUUUGAAGAUUGCCUCUUUCAUUUGUUUGUUUGUUUGUUUGUUCUUUCUGAUUUCAGUGAAAACAGACAGAAAGGAGGACAGAAGAAAACGAGAAGUAAAAGAACAAGAAAGAAGGGUAAGAAUCGUUAUUUUCCUUUAAGAGAGAUAUGAUUAGUGAUAUUUGGCGUAUCAUCACCAGGGCCUCUCGUCUUCUAGAAAACGCUAAGAAUGAAAGACCCUGGAAACAAGAUUGACGGAGAAGGUGUUGAGGGAAGGUGUUGUAAGAGGAAACUGUUGAUUCUGAUAAGUUACUAUUCGCCUUUUUGGAAACGAGAGGGGAACUGGGGCCGAAAUACGUCUCGCAAUUGUUUCUGGGAUGGUUACUGGGAACGCGCCGGUCAGCUAUUGGCCAAUUUUCUUCUUGUCUCUAGUAUUAAUCCCAGAAGUCUUCGCGAAGGUUAACUCGACCCAGUUUCCGUCUUGUUUCUUUAGUGGUGAAUUUUAACUGUGGUGCAUGCUAUAUUCUGUGCUCGUUUGGUAAAAAUUGCUGAAGUUUUUUGCUGCUUUUAAACUUACAGGAACGAGAGGAUGACUUACGUGAGAUGCAGCGAAAAUGGCGCGAACGGUAAGGCGAACGCAAACGGAUUCGAUUCUUCUUGAACGCUGUAAUUGAGAACAUUUUGGCAAGUGUUUGUCACUUUGUUCAUUUCCCGAAGUUACCUCGUUACUUAAAAAGAGUCACUCUCACUGUUAUCUUUUGCAGAGAUAGAGACAGGAGAAGUAGAUCUUUAUCUCCACGAGGUAAAUAAAACGUUGAUUGUAAUGCACAGCAUGACCGUCACGUUCUAUACUUGGCUUGGUGCUUGAAUCCACAGACACCGACCUAGAUACCCUUACUCAGUGAAAUACCAAUAUCUAUAUUUAGGUCGAUGGGAUUCUCAAGAAGUAAUUAUUCCAGUCUUAUAGAAGACGUACCUGAAUUUUUUUCCACAAAAAAUCAGAACCGUCAUUGACUGAAAAAAUUCCAAUUGACCAAUGAUAUGCGUUUCUUUUCUUUUAUCUUUUACGAUGGCUUUUGGUAGACAAGCUUAACUAGCGAGCAAAUACGACCAGAAUCCUUUUUGCGAAUGACCAUAUUAUGACGACUUCAACGUAGACCUUAUCAAAACCGACGACUAAGGACUUCAAAGUAGAUGUAACUUGUUUAAUAAAUUUUUGCUUUUUUAGCGAAUAAUGACGCCGGACAGGGUAUCACUUUAAACUUGAAAUUAUGUUCUCUACAUAAAAUUGUUAUUACGUCUAGUUUUUCUUUCUUUUCCACUUCACCCUCUGCCUCGAUUAGCUUAAGUUAACUACGGAUUGCGUGAAAUAUUUCCUUUUUCCUUUUCACUCUGCUUUUAUUUCUUGUAAUCUGUUUGUUUUGCGAUAAAGUUGAUCAAAAGUAGGUUGAGUUUGAUCGUCCGGGUGAACGUAGUCCUAAAUAGGACUGUUGUUGUUGACAGUGACUGACGUUUCGACAACCUGUGCGGUAGUCAUCUUCAGAGUCAAAGUGAGUUGUAUCACGACUACAGCACAGGUUGUCGAAACGUCAGUCACUGUCAACAACAGCAGUCCUAUUCAGGACUACGUUCACCCGGACGAUCAAACUCAACCUACUUUUGAAAUGACUCCUGGGUUCAAACCUUUCACAAUAAAGUUGAUGUUGUUGUUGUUGUAACGUUUGUGCCUGCGGUUCUUAGUAAUAAAAUCGACCUCAAAGUGUCAAGGAUCAUGUACUUUUGUGGACUAUUUGUGUUAUAUCUCGAAGCUUUUACUUGAAAAAUUUAGCACCACUGUAAGAAGAAUCUGCCCGAAAAUGACAGCUCAUAAAGGCAACUGCUUUCUUUUGUUUGCAGGACAUCGAAGAAGUGUAUCUAGAUCGCCCCCUAGGAGGUAUGAAACCUUUUUAACCGGCUUAUAUCAGCCAGAAACGGCGAGCUGUUUGUUUGGUUGAAAAUCCUCAAAUUUCACGGACUUGAGCGGUGAAAGUCGAGCCAAAGUCAGAUAUUACUCUGUCCAAUUACAAUUCGACUAGACGAACAAAGGAACCAAUCACAGCUUGAAGCCAGUACAUGUAGCUGAUACCAUAUGCCAAUGCGCGGGAAAACCCGUCGGUGUUGGGUUCUACACUUCUAUUUCUGAUUGGUUAAGAAAGUGGCGUGAGUGUUUUCAGCCAACUUGUUUUCAGCCAACUUGUUGUAUUGUAUCUUGUUGUGUUGUUUCACGUGUGACUUACCAUGCAGUUUCUCCCUCCAUCUUCUUUUUGCAGAAGACACAGAAGUAGGUCGCGAUCAACUUCUCCAACGGAUUCUCAAAAAAGUAGGUCUGCCCCCCCCCCCCAGAAAUAAGCCCCCUCUAGUUUGUACUGAAAUACUUGAUUUAUUAUGAAGUUUUGAAGCUUAAUAGAAAACCAAUACUGAAUACAAAGGAUAUUUUAAAGAGCACUACUAUAUCUUGUUUUGAAGCUCUUAUAUCCCCCCUGGGAUAUAAGCUCCUCCUUUUAUAAGCCCUCGUAAAACCCCUGAUGAGCGGCAGUUUACGGUAUGUCAGUAAACUCGGAUAAAACCACUGAGUGAUAGAUGUGAACUUUUGCGGCUGAAAAGAUGUGACCAAUCGAAGUUGUUUAAAAAAGUCCAUUUCCAUUCGCAGGUCUUAAUUUCAACCGUUUCAGUUGUUAAUGUAGCAGAAGGCCUCUAAGAAAGCCGCCACGGUACACAGACUUAACUUGGUUUCGCAUCCUCGCUCGCAAAGUCAGUUACAAAAACGCUGUCAAAUACCGCAAGGCUAAUCGUUUCUUCUAUAUAGGGUGCUCAAUAGCAAAACAAUGUAACACAAUACACGCCUCCUAUAAGUCACACUCGCGUAACGCUAGCAUCUGACAUGUCAUGACUACUAUAAUAACUUAACCACAAGCAACACAUUUAUCGCUCACUGAUAUUUUGUUGCUCUCUUUUCCUAGUUCCCAUUGUAGAUAUCGACGCGCAUGCGCUGGGUGAGGACGUGGUAGAGUAUGUCUAUCCAGUCAAAGAGAAUAAAUGAUGAUGUCCAACAGUCUGCUAACUAACGUCGUUCACCUAGCUGAGUGAAGAAGGAGCCUUAACAGAUCUUUAGGAGCCUCGAUGCAAGACUUUUAAUUAGGAGCUUCAUUUCUCGAUCCGUAUUAGGAAAUUUAUAGUAACGCAUACAGUGCCUCGCACAUUGCCUCAUACACGCGUGUACUAAUUUUGUGCACGUACUCAGAUCCCCCGGAAAUCCAAGUACGAGACGAAUGUUGUACGACAUUGUUGUACAGCUGUAGGUGUUCGAGUGAUUUUCUUUUAAGCAGCCAAAGUAAUCAAUCUCGCAGUGGUUUGCUUUAGCAUUCUUGCCUUUUAUCCUCUGCGAAAAGUUGCUUAGUACUCCGUGUACCAUUCUUGAUCCGGAAAUUUUUUCGCAAGCCUUAGGAUUCGAGAGGACUUUCAAAAACAACCGAAACACAAAUAAGAGACAAACGUGACUUACACACACGCGUUUGGAGAUUUACUUGGGUUUUUUGAUUGAUUGGUCUUGUUCUGAUUGGAUAAAGUAUAUUUUGCGAAACUCAUUCUAAACCUUUCUAUGCUGCGUGGUCAGUUUAUUGCAGCCGUCUUUCUUCGGUUGUUGGUCGCCCCAGUUCAUUCUCAUCUGCAUGCAUACUGAGCGCUACGCAAGAAUCCGAUUACCACUUUGCCCACGUGGCUAACACCAUUUCUUCUUUAGCGGCACGUGUUCAACUCUGCUAUAAAUCCUUAACCCUUUAGCAGUAGUCACGUGAAGAAAAAGAAAGGAACAAGACAAAAUAAAAGAAAAAUUGACCGCUCAAAGAAUGUUCUUGCGCGCUCGAAUUUCCCGUCUUCCUGUCGUUUUGGAACGGCUUGAACUCAGGCUUGGCUAGACCCGCAGAAAGAUCUUCCUUCUCUAUCUCCAUGGUUACCCUCUGUACUUGGUUAGGUAUUCAAGUAGUUAAAAAGCCAGUUUAUUAGACGAUUUUGAUCGUUGUUUUUCCUUUAGAUAAUAAGAUCUAUUCGGAUAAUCGGAGGGUGUAAAUAAAUUGGCGGACAGAUCGUGCCGUUUUCACCCCAAGAUUUAUUUUCUGAUACAUGUCAAAUGAAACUGUCUGUGGUUACACUUUUAGAGCGGCGGUUUCUUUUUAAUCAGGAAUUAAUUUUAGAGAAUAUUGUCUAUGUCUAGACCUGUACGCCGCUUAACCAGACUGAGAAU